CAUAUAUACCGUCAACAUUUCGAAAGUGAAUUGAGGGAAUCAACUACUUCUAGAAUGAAGAUUUUGUUUUCCCUAUUUGUAAUGCUCAGCAUUUCUUCUAUAUAUGCUCAAAUGGAUGUAUCUGAUUACGGGGUAGCUCUGGAUAAAGUACACACAGAAAUGCAUGACAAAUGUACAAAGGAUCACCCAGUAACCCAUGCUGAUAUUUGGAGAGUGAAAAUUGGGAUUUUUGACGACAACAACGAGGAAAUGAAGAAAUACAUCCUUUGCCUCUGGAGAAUAUCUGGAAUGAUCGAUCUUGAUACCUUUCGUUUGAGUAAAAUAUUGCUCGACGUUUAUUUGCCUAAAGAAGUCCAUAAAGGAAAUGGUCCGAAUAUGUAUUUGGAGUGCGCGGCUAAAGGAAGAGAUUUACCCGCCGGCACUGCUUUGCAGGAGCGGACAUGGGUUUUGAUGAAAUGCGUUCAACAUGCUGAUCCCGUAAACUUCGUCAUGUUUUAAGAGAAUGUUAGCCAGGAGCACGGACGUAUUACCUAAUGAAUUUAUCAAUGAAGAUUCAGUUAAAUUCCCGUACUAUUAUUCGAAAUCUGCCAAGGAGCAAAAUAUAACGAAGUGUACUACGUAUCAUAGGAUAUCAUCAUCAUCAUAAUCUGUUUUGUUCAUUUUUGAUUCCUAAUAUGCAAUUUGUACCUUUAUACUAGCCUAUACUAUCAUAAUAGGAACCUAUGGGAACCUAUUAUAUUAUGUACACUAACUUGAAGUUAAUAUGAGAUGAAUAGUGAAAAAAUGUGUUUUGCUUUUUUCUUGUUAUUGAUUCGUUUCAUUUUUGAUGUUG